AUUGGAGAAGGCAGAGCUACAGAAACAGAGAUCACUCAGUGCUUAAUGCUAGUGAGACCGUAAAUUAGCUGAAUAGAUUUGAGACAGCCUUCAGAGUUGAUUGUGAGCUCACUUCAGGCUUUUUAAGUGAAGGCAUAAUAGUAGAAUGCUUUAUAUAAUGCGCAGAUUAUUGUUUCUGAUACUGACUCAGCUGUUAGCAACUGGUACAUGUGAUAUAAGCCCAGGUCCUGAGCAAGAAGGAAAGCAUGAAGGUAAAACGCUUGCCCAUUGGAAUUAUGAAGAUCAAGACUGGGUCAAAGGCUAUCCAUAUUGUAAUGGGGAUGCACAGUCUCCUAUUAAUAUCAACACUCGAAAAACCAUAGUCAACAAAGAACUUCCUUCAAUCACUCUUGAAGGAUACAAUCUAAAAGAAACUGAACAGCUUGAUUUAUCUAAUAAUGGGCACACCGUUCAACUUUCACUCCCAGAUUCAAUGAGCAUAAGCGGCGGUUUCACACAGAAAUAUCUCGCAUCGCAGCUGCAUUUUCAUUGGGGAUCAGCGAACACUCCAGGAUCUGAGCACACAGUGAAUGGUACCCAUUAUGCUGCUGAGAUGCACAUUGUUCACUUUGCUACCAAGUAUGGAAGUUUGGUCAAUGCAUCACAGAAAGCAGAUGGUCUCGCUGUUCUGGCAGUAUUUCUUCAGGUUGGAGCACAACACAAUAAAAACUAUGAUCACAUAUUUGAUAAGCUUCAAGAUAUUGCUGAAGGUGCCACUAUAAAAAUUUCUGGUUUCGACAUAAGCACAUUGUUACCCAGUCAGCUACACCACUUUUUCCGCUAUACUGGAUCUUUGACAACGCCGCCCUGUUUUCAGACAGUUACCUGGACUGUAUUCAAUGAGGUUGUCCUAAUUUCUCAAGUACAGCUGGACAAAUUGAAGACCAGUUUAAAGGCUAACCAUCACACGUUGGAUUCAAACUUUAGACAGGUUCAGCCACUCAACAGAAGGAGUGUAUUUGCUUCCUUUUCAUCACUAACAUCAUCACGAAGCAAAGUUCCAAACGUUGGUUUUACUGACUCUGAUGGAAAUGCCAAUUCAGCAAAUGGCAACCAUUUCACUUUAGGUGAUACGCUGGCUGUUAUAUUUGGGACCUUAUUCGGAUGUACUGCCUUGGCAUUUGCGGUUUAUGUGCUGAAACAAAAAAAACAAAGAUCAAACACUGAAAGAGGACAGAAGGUAAUCUACAAACCUGCUGCUACAAUGGAAGCGUGAGAACUCAGCAAAUCUGUUUACCAGCAGAAAACCUGGAAUCGAACCUGGAUGUCAGAGCAGAAGUUAAUGAUUCCUCAAGAACAAAUUACCUGUUUGUUAUUUGUCCUGUUCAGAACUUUAGCUUAAUGCAACUGAAACUGUUUCUGAAUAACAAUUAUUCUGUACAAUUCUAGAAAGGGGUCAUGCUUUAGUAAAAUUCUGCAUUGUAAUAUGUCACGAUCUGAAUACAAAGUAAAGAAAUGCAGUACUUAAAGAGUAGAGCUGUACAGCACCAGGGCAAUUUCACUGAGGCUAUCGAUUGUUCAGAUACUGGGAGACUGGUAAACAAUUUUGAUCAGUUGUGUAAGACAGUUAACUUUACAUUCAUUAUUGUGUGCUUAUUUUUUAUAUGCAAUGUGAUAUACAAGGGCACAAGUUUAUUUACUGUAUGACACAGGAUGUCACAUACACUUUCGGUGGUGGUGGAGGAUAAUGUUCAGUGCUUGGGUAUAUUUAAUUAACAAAAUUGCAGAAACAGGGUUGAACUGCAUAUCUGUUUGGUGAAGUAUAAUUUUGGGAGGAAAAACAUGCGCGCAAAAAUAUAUUUGUAUCUUUUCCUUAGUUUGACCUGAUGACUCUGUAAAGUGACACAAAGUCAGUAAUAACCUCUACUGGAAGAAGUUGCAUGAUGGCUCUGAGAAAUCCUUUUAAAAAACAUUAUUGUAAACCAAAGCUGACAGCAAUGACUGUCUAAAACAAGAUUUUUGUUGGAGUAAAGGAAACUAUAGUCACAAAUCAAGAGAUCACCCUCAGGAUAGUAAGACUAUAGCUUGCAUUUUCAUAGUAUGGCUUAUGACAAAGUCCCAGGGCCUUCACUAAUUCAGCUAGACAGGGAAAUAUCUUCCAAGAAAAGAAAAUUUAGAAAAGUUGAUCACUAGCUAGAUCAUAAAAAUGGGUUUGCAGAGGCAUGGAAAGGGAGAAAUGGUCUAAUGAAUGAUUUUCGGGAGGGCGUUUGAAGUUUUUAUUCAUUCACAUUGUUGUUUUUGACAAGGCCAGCAGUUAUUGUAUAUCCCUAAGCCAGAACAUAGUAGUGAGUGACCUUCAAAAACCAUUGCACUCUGUAUGGUUCGGAGGGAGAGUUUCAGAGAUUUGACACAGUAACAAAGAACGAACAAUUGCAUUGUUUUAAGUCAGGAUGGUAUGUGACCUGGAUGGGUAUUGCUUGUUCAAAUGUAGGGUCUUCAUAGGUGUUAGCAGUUACAAGUUUGCAAUGUACUGUCAAGAAAGCUUGGCAAGUUGUUGCAAUGAAUCUUGUAGCUGUCACUGUGCAGUGGUGCAGGGAAUGAAUGCUGAAGGUAGUGGAUGUGGUGCCAAUCAAAUAGUUAUGUUAUCCAGGAUGAUAACAGGCCUCUUGAGUCUUAUUGGAGCUGCACUCAGCCAGGGAAGCGUGGGGUAUUCCAUUACAUUCCUGACUUGUGUCUUGUAAGUAAGUUUUGAGGAAUCAAGCGUUGAGUUUCUUGCCACAGAAUGUCUAGCCUCUGACUGGCUCUUGUGUUUAUGAGGCUGGUCUAGUAUUUUUUGUUAAUAGAACCAGGAUGUUGUUGGUGAAUUAUCCGUAAUUAUAAUCACCGUGAAAGACAAAAGCAGAUGAUUGGAUUAUGUUUUAUUGGAAAUGGUCAUUACCUGGAACUUCUGCGGCAUACAUGUUAUCUGUUGUUGAAUUUUCAGAGUUGGCACAGAUUUCUUCAGUAAUUGGGAAGUUUUGAAAGAACUGAACAUGGUCAGUGAACACCCCUAAUUCUAACCGUGUAUUAGAUUGUUUGAAGCAGAUGAAGACAGUUGGGGAUAGGACAAUAUCCUGAGGAAUUUCCAACAUUAGUCAUGGGAAAUACACGGUUUUGGGGCAGCACGGUAACUCGAUGGUUAACACUGCUGCUUCACAGUAUCAGGAGCCUGAGGUCAAUUCCACCCUCGGACGACUGUCUGUGUGGAGUUUGCACGUGCUCCCUGAGUCUGCGUGGAUUUCUUCGGGUGCUCUGGUUUCCUCCUGUAGUCUAAAGAUGUGUAGGUAGGUGAACUGGCAAUACGAAAUUGUCCAUUGUGAACAAGGAUGUGUAGGAUAGAUAGAUUAGCCAUGGGAAAUAUGGGUUUUAGCGAUAGGAAAGGGGUGUGAGUCUGUGUGAGAUGCUCUUUGGAGAGUCAAUGUGGACUUGUUUGGCUGAAUCCCCUGUUUCCACUGUAGGGAUUUUAAUUCUAACUCUGUUUUGAUUUAGGCCCCUCCCCCUCUUCCUCACCUUUGAUAGUCUGCAUUGCCCUGAACAGGCUUUGCAUGUAAAUUAGUCAAUUGGAAAACAUGGGUGAUUUUGUGAGGUAAAGAAAAAUAUUUAGUUCUGUGGAUCCAAAGAAAAAGGGAAAAAAUAUCCUGUGGAAAUGAGGCCUAUUGAACUGCAGUGGUAGUGUGGAUUCACAUUCCAACUGCUUCAGAUGUAUGCCAUGAAAUAUCCAAUCAGGUUGAUUGGAAAAAUAUCUACCCUGGGAAAACCCUACAGUAAUGUCCUAUGGGUGGCGAAUUAUCAGUGUUAGGUGUGACUCCAACCAAUGGAGGGCUUUCCUCCUGAUUCACAUUGAUGUUGAUUUUUCAUGGGGCCCCUUAAUGUGAGUCAACAGCAGCAUUCUCAACAUACCUCUGGGAUUUAGCCCUUUUGAUUUUGUUUGGACCAAGCAUGGAUGAGGUCUAAAUUCAGGUGGUUUCAAAGCCCUUCUACCAAUGAAGAUGCAAAGAAACAGAAGAUUGUGCAAAAGAGCUGAGUCAGAGGAUUGUAAAGGAUGUGUGAACGGAUGCAAGGCUGAAGGAGGCUGCGGGGUAAAGUUAGACAAGGUGUGCCAGGACACAGAUGAGUUCAUUGCCAGGAAACAGACAAGGAGGUUAUAGUUUUAAUAUUGGGUGGAGCCAGUAUAGGACAACCCAAAUCAGGGUGAUAGGCUGAAUUUGGAGAACAAGCAACUAAGUAUCUUGCUGUCAUGACAGCAGAGACCUCACCAAGGUGCUGAACAAUCUCAGCAUGACAACCCAAUU